AAAAAUUCGUAAUGAGAGGGUCGUCAGUUCUGAUUUCCUUCAAUUAACUAGAGAAAUACUUCGUGCUGAACCUUACAGAUUCCCUGAUGGACUAGCAAGAAGGGUCGCAAUGUUAGUUGAUAGUUUGAACAAUCAAAGCUUCUAA